AUGCGCGGCUGGACGUCGAAUAAUCCUAGUGCGCUUUCGUUGUUGCCUAAAGAGUCUUUGCUAGAGGUAUUACCUCGCGCCAAUAAUGGAGACGUUGAAUUGGGCCGCCUGUCUACGCCCGUUCGCACGCUGGGCCUUAUAUGGCAGCCCUUCAACGACCUGAUUGGUUUUAAUACAGGUGUAAAAAAAGAUACGGUGUUACCUGAAAAAUUAACGAAACGAGAGGUUCUAGUACACGUAAUGAAAAUUUACGAUCCGCUUGGGAUCCUUGCCCCAAUCGUCGUUCGUGGCCGUAUAAUGUUCCAAGACGCUUGGCGCAAGGGUUUAGACUGGGAUCAAGAGCUCUCUCAAUGUGACAGCGCCGCGUGGAAGUUAUGGUUUCAAGACCUGAUCUCCACUUCCAGUUUGCGAAUACCACGCCGCUACAACUUGAGCGAGCUCAAAGUAGAGGGAUGCGAGUUACAUGUGUUUUCGGAUGCGAGUGAGUCUGCCUAUGCUGCUGUGGCCUAUUGGCGCUUUCUAUAUGUAAAUGGUGACGUGAGACUCUCCCUCAUCUGUAGUAAAAUGCGCGUGUCCCCAAUUAAACCUGUCUCCAUUCCUCGUUUAGAACUUCAAGGUGCACUAAUGGCUGCGCGCCUUGCUACGACAAUAUGCGAAGCCCAUCGGUUGAAGCCAACGAGACGUGUUUUCUGGUGCGACUCAAUGACUGCGCUAGGUUGGCUUCGUAGUGAUGCGCGUACCCUUAAACCCUUUGUGUCCCACAGAGUUGGUGAGAUACUGGAGCUUACAAAUAUCAGUGAGUGGCGUUGGGUACCGAGUGACCUAAACGUAGCCGAUGACGCUACACGCGUCAAACGUUUUGUGUUCUCUCCAGAAUCUCGCUGGAUCUCAGGGCCUACCUUUCUCCUGUCCUCGUCCUGGCCCGCUGAACCUAAAAUUGAUGUUAGCGGAUUAGGACGUGAAGAGUUUAAAAAUAUCAUUCAUCUGAUCACCGAGAUUGAGCUGCCCGCACCAAUAUCUGCAGAUCCGUAUCGUUUCAGCUCAUGGCUGAGAAUGGUGCGAGCAACGGCAAAGGCGCAUCAAUUCAUAUCAUUAUUGCGAAUGCGUAGUAUGAGAAGACGAGACGCGAACUUCAACCUCCCUCGUCUUGAAGGACACUUAUGUACCUUCCAUCCACCUUGCACAUCCUCUCCUGGUACCGCGAACCCCCCUUAUAACCAACCAAGAAUAACUGCGAACGAUAUCCGUCUAGCUGAAACCCAUAUUUUACGUCAGAGUCAACUUGAUUCCUUCAAAGAGGACAUUUUGAGAGUAAAGAACGGAGACCCGUUGCCUCGAAGCAGCCGCCUUUUUAAACUAUCCCCAUUCAUAGAUAACAAUGACCAACUCAGAAUGUUCAGUCGUAUAGCAGCUGCAACAGGCGUCACUGAUGAAGUUAAACGACCCCUGAUCUUGGACGGAAAGCACCCAGCAGUACGCCUCCUUAUAGCAAGAUACCACCAAAAGGCUGGCCACGCAAACAAAGAAAAGGUCCUGAACGAACUCCACCAAAGAUUUUGGAUAUUGGGCCUCAGAAAUGCUGUCCGAUCAGUAACCCACGCAUGUCAGUUUUGCAAACUUCACCGCGCCAGAGCAUUCACGCCACCAAUGGGAGAUCUACCGGAGUCCCGAUUGGCUCAUCAUCAAAGACCAUUUUCCUUCGUCGGUCUUGACUACUUUGGGCCUGUGCUCGUUUCAGUUGGUCGAAGAAGAGAGAAACGCUACGUUGCUCUAUUUACGUGCCUCGUCAUCCGCGCCGUACAUCUUGAAGUGGUACAUAGUUUAUCGACAGACGCGGCCAUAAUGUGUCUACGCCGUUUUAUUGCUCGUCGAGGCACACCGCAAGAGAUCUGGUCAGACCACGGAACAGCCUUUGUUGGGGCGAGCAGGGAGUUACAAGCUCUUUACGGCAACUCAGUUGAAAUUUAUGCAGCUAAUGAAUCAAUCAAUUGGCGUUUCAUUCCUCCGGCAGCACCUUUUAUGGGCGGAGCAUGGGAGCGUUUAAUUCGCAGCGUUAAAGAAGCCCUGAAGACAACCCUAAGAGAACAGGCUCCCUCAGAUGAAGUUCUGAGCACACUAUUGGCGGAGGCUGAAGCCAUUAUUAAUACACGACCACUCACGCACGUUUCACUUGAUUCUGAUGCUGACGAAGCGUUGACCCCGUCGCAUUUUUUACUCACAUCUCCGUCUGGGCCCCCUAUUCCCGCUACUUUGACCGAAGCCGACCUCUUGAGCAGAAAUAAGUGGCGCAGGGCGGUAAGGCUAGCCGACCACUUCUGGCAGCGCUGGGUCAGGGAAUACCUCCCCUCCUUAUCACCACGGACAGGAGGAGGAUCUCCGCCUAAUAUCGCGAUUGGGGACAUCGUAAUAAUUUGUGAUUCAAACCUGCCUCGAGGCUCUUGGCCUAAGGGUCGUGUCACCGCCGUAUACCCCGGCAGAGACGGGAUAAUCAGAGUAGCAGAUGUCGCCACUGCUGCUGGGGUGUUUCGCAGACCCCUCAAGAAGCUCGCGAAAAUACACGUCGCUCUUUAA